AGCUCCGGCACAGUCCCGUCUGUCACAUCUAUUUUGGACUUUGGACUUACUCUGAGCGGGAUCAAACCUUCAUUGCAGAAUGGAUAUGAAGCUGUUUGCAGUCGUGGCUGUGCUCACAUUGGUGACAUAUGCUCCUCCAUCACAAGCGAAGCCUAUAAGUCUGGUGGAGAGAUGCUACUGUCGUUCCACCGUUAACAGCGUCCCGAAAAGCUUCAUCCGAGAGCUCAGGUUCAUUCACACGCCAAACUGCCCCUUCCAAGUGAUUGCCAAGCUGAAGUCAAACAAAGAGGUGUGCGUGAAUCCAGAGAUCCGAUGGCUGCAGCAGUACCUGAAGAACGUCAUCAACAAAAUGAAGAAAUCCAAACAGGGCAAUUAAAACCUUCCGCCGAGAUCCUGCCGGGCGAUCGCCGAGGGUUUGAAGCGUCGCGGCUUAGUAACAUUUGAAAGGAGAACAUCUGGUAUGUUGAACAGCACUUAUCCCGGCCGGCUGCUGCGCUGCAGCCUUUAGCAUGAAAUGAACCUAUAAGUCCUCCAGAACACCAACCCACCAGCCAUGUUGCCGCCAUAACCGCCACCGCCCUUACGACUCGUGGAGAUUGUAGACAUUAAUAGUGCAAAGUGCAAUUAUAUCUGUGUGUGUUUUUACAUUACAUUACAUUUUUCUAACUAUAAUGUAGACACGUCUUUUGUAAAUGGACAUUAACAGUAAAGAGCUACUUUUUUAAAGAGAUCCACAUCCCUCAAGCCUCUGUGUCAUUUAAAAAAGAGGAAUCGACCGUGCGGGGGGGUGUUGAUGGGAAGACGUGAGUCAGCAGGAGUCAAACAUGAGUUAGCAUCCCACUUGCAUGUAUCAUAGUAUUGUCUAUAGGACAAUAUAAUACAGGCUGUAUCUAAGAGGAGAUCUGCUUAACUUGAUCUUCUUUGAUUUUUGGCAGAUUUGACAAAAAGCCAUGUUUCAGGUUAAUUGACAUUUCAAUAGGUGCCAGCUAAAUGUAAAAUGUAAGAUCCUAGUGAAAAUGCCUUUUCCGAUUUGUUUGCUACGGAAAUUAGAAAGCCAGAGGUGCUUAGGCAUUUCUGAGCAGUUCUGCGGCUAUGACUAUUCUGUGUUAACCAACAAGAAUGCUAUUUUCACCCUGAGAGAAAAGCUAAACAUCUGGAUCCUAAACCGUUUUAUUUGAGCAACAUUUACUGGAAUCGCUCAAUGAUUGUCAAGAACAAAUGGUGAUAUCCACCAAUCACAGUUAGCCGCCUCAUCAAAUCAGUCAUUGGCCUUUAGAUUAAAUGUCAUUUUAAAGAAGGAUAUAGUGCUAUUUUUAUAACCGUUACCAGAUCAGCAGUGAUGCACAAUGUUGUACCGAGAGCCACAGUGGAGAAAGUAUUGUUUUACUCACAACAAAUAGACGUGCAUGGCUGGGACCACCUAUAGCUGUUAUGCAGAUAGCAAUGCACUUUAUAUCUGAUGUAUUCAUGUUUUUAACAACAACAUUUACUAAGUCUGAUCAUUAAAAUGUCUUUUGUCUUUUUUAUGUUACUCACGCUAUUUGCAUUCUGUUCUUUUUGAUCAUUGACUGUGUAGCUGCAUUUAACUGUUAAACCCUGGAGAUAUAGUCGUCGAUUCGUUUUAAUCUCCUUGUCACAUGUACAUUUAAUAUUAUACAAAUGUUUUAUUUUUGUACUCAUUCAUGCAUUGAUAUAUGAUAUCUAAAACGUUUUAAAUACAGAAAUUGUAUCCUCACAAUUGAGUCACCUAACCCAAGUUGUAUUGUUAAAAAACCUGUUGGUCAGUAAAGAAAAAAUAUGUGAUUUCCUUUACACAAACGCCUUCUAACCAGUGCUCACACACAGACACACACACUCCGGUCAUGCAGCUCUUUGCGUCUUCAUAUCCAGUGUAAAGCAAUGCCAACACACAGCUGAUGUAAUCUCACUGCACAGAUCUAGACUUUGAUGUGCGAGCACAUGUUCAGCUUUACUCACAGGGGCAAAUGAAAGGACAGUGAACCUGCCUGUGAUUUAACUAUUAACUCAGCCGGCCACUAUUAGGGAAACAUUAGAGCAAAAACAGAAGAACUUUUCACUUCCCUCUAAGGGCAUUAUGCGAGGCGGAGCACAGUAGUUCAUGUGAUGAUCAAAACAUCAGGGGGAGAUAAAGGGCCGUGGGUUCCAGUCCACAGCCAAAUUGUCCUUGUUUACUGAUUAGCUUUGAAGUCCUUUUUAAGAGGGAGUCAGCAGCACGUGUGAGAUAAAGCCAUUGAUUUAGUCACUCAUCAGUGGAAAUCGAGUGGAAAUGAAUUGGAUACAGUCUUCAGUUACAAUCUUCAUUACUUUUUGCUCCCCAAUAAUGUGAACAUUCGGCAGCUUGUAACUUUUUCACGGUGUUAUCUAUCUGUAAUCUGAAUAAACCAUUUAAAAAAAA